AUGGCAAGCUCGGCUUCCCUAGAGACCAUGGUGCCCCCGGCCUGUCCUCGAGCCGGAGCGUCGCCGGCCAGUUCCAAGACUCUGGCCUUCUCCAUCGAGCGCAUCAUGGCUAAGACGUCGGAGCCCCGUGCGCCCUUUGAGCCCCGGCCGGGGGCACUGGAGGCAGACAGCGGCCAGGGCAAGAAAUUGCUGAACCUCUGCUCGCCGCUGCCCUGCAUGAUCCCUCUCCAGCCCCUAGGCUACGACGUGCCGUCCAAGACGCUGCUCAGUUACUCCGAGCUCUGGAAAAGCAGCCUCCGCGCGGGCGGCAGCGGAGGAGGAGGAGGCAGCGGGGGGGCUCCGGUGUGCGGCGCCAGCGGCUUGUGCAAAACCAACUGUGGCGUGUGCUGCAAGGCCGAGCUGGGCCUGGCGCCGUCUGCGCUGCCCGCGGGCAGGGUCAUCAAACCGCAGGUCAUCAACCACGCGGUGGGGCUGCCGGCCAGCGGCUCGCUCUACUACUUCAACUACCUGGACUCUGCCGCGUACCCUCCCUCUGAGCUCCUCGGCGGCCACCUCUUCCCUUCCGGCCUUCUCAACGCACAGGCCCCCACCGCCCUGGCCGCGCACCCCAAGCUCUUUUUGCUGGAGAAUGCCAAGCUGGCCGGCCUGGCCGCGGACAAGUUUCCCCAUCCGGCCCCCUAUGCGCAUAAGGAGCGCUUGCCUGCGCCGCUGGAACAGGUGCUGAAAGAAAACUCGGCCCUGACCGCCGAGCGCGGGGGCGUAAAGAGCCACGGCAAGCUGCCCGGGGCCUCCGCGGACGGCAAGCCGAAAAACUUCACCUGCGAGGUGUGCGGCAAGGUGUUUAACGCUCACUAUAACCUCACACGCCACAUGCCAGUCCACACCGGAGCCAGACCCUUCGUGUGCAAAGUCUGCGGCAAAGGCUUCCGACAGGCCAGCACGCUGUGCAGACACAAAAUUAUCCACACCCAGGAAAAGCCUCAUAAAUGCAACCAGUGCGGCAAAGCCUUCAACCGCAGCUCCACGCUCAACACGCACAUCCGCAUCCAUGCGGGCUACAAGCCCUUCGUCUGCGAAUUUUGCGGCAAAGGCUUUCACCAAAAAGGGAACUACAAGAAUCACAAGCUGACCCACAGCGGUGAAAAGCAGUACAAAUGCACCAUCUGCAACAAGGCCUUCCACCAGGUCUACAACCUGACCUUCCACAUGCACACCCACAACGACAAGAAGCCUUUCACGUGCGCCACUUGCGGCAAAGGGUUUUGCAGAAACUUUGAUUUAAAGAAACACGUGCGCAAACUCCACGACAGCGUGGGCCCUGCCGCCCCCUCCACAAAGGACCUAACUCGGACAGUGCAGAGUUGA